AAACAGCUUUUACUAUACAGAAAGAGAGAGAAAGCUCUGCCCUAGAAAAUAUGAAUCCCGAUAAGGACUGGUGUCUGCAAAGGAGCUUUUCGUAGCAAGUAAUAAAAAACGCUUUCUUUUCCAUCCUUUACUCCUCACAGCAAAAAUGGCCUAUUUUCUCUGUUUCUCACUUUGCUUUUAAUUCCUUUCAUCAAUACUCUACUUCAGUCUCUUUGUUUUCCCAACAGAAAAAAAAAUAAAGGACCCAUCUUCUUCAAAGCUUCUUACUUUCAAAAGGCUGGACCUUUUAACAGUUUAACCCCUGUUCACUAAUGCAAAUUCAAGUAUAGGUUAUUUGAGGUAAAUGCAUGGAUCGAAGGGAUGCUAUGGCGUUAUCGGGGUCUGCAUCUUACUAUAUGCAACAACGAGGAAUAACUGGGUCAGGGUCUGGAACACAGUCCGGGGUACAUGGAUCACCUGGCAUUCAUCCAUUAUCUAGUCCAAAUGUGCAAUAUCAAUCAAGCAUUAGUGCCACUACUAUGGGAGCAACCUUACCUGUAGAGCCUUUGUCAGGAAUUACCCCUCAUAAUGUCAAUGUAGGCACACCUCCAGCCAUGCAGCCUGGUGAGGCCGUGAAACGUAAAAGAGGAAGACCUCGGAAAUAUGGACCUGAUGGAACUGUUUCCUUAGCACUGACUCCUGCAUCAGCUACUCAUCCUGGAACAAUAACUCCAAUCCAAAAACGGGGAAGAGGGCGGCCACCGGGUUCUGGAAGGAAGCAACAGUUAUCUUCCCUUGGUGAAUUGCUUUCUGGUUCAGCUGGGAUGAGUUUUACUCCGCAUGUCAUCACCAUUGCAAUAGGAGAAGACAUUGCAACAAAAUUAAUGUCAUUUUCACAGCAAGGACCAAGAGAAGUAUGCAUUUUGUCAGCCAAUGGUGCUGUCUCUACCGUAACUCUUCGACAGCCGUCAUCGUCGGGUGGCACUGUUACGUACGAGGGACGAUUUGAGAUAUUAUGUCUGUCAGGCUCGUACCUGCUGACAAGCAAUACUGGCUCUCGCAAUCGAACUGGUGGUCUUAGUGUUUCUCUUGCCAGUCCUGAUGGCCGUGUCAUUGGGGGAGGUGUUGGAGGGAUGCUUAUCGCAGCAAGCCCCGUGCAGGUGAUUGUGGGGAGUUUUAUAUGGGGUGGAUCAAAGGCAAAGAACAAAAAAGGAGGGCAAGAAGGGGUAAAAGAUUCAGAUGAUCAGAUGGUUGACAAUCUAGUAGCUCCUCCAGGCAUAUCACCAAGUCAAAAUAUGACUCCAAGUGCACCGGCAGGGGUGUGGCCUGGGUCGAGAUCAAUGGAUAUGCGUAACAAUAGCCAUGUCGACAUUGAUCUAAUGCGCGGAUGAUGACUGUUUCCUGGUAAUAGUUUGGGGAGAAAUGUAUAUAGUUUGGUGUUGAAGGGCCAGCGGAUUGUAAUUUGAAAGUGUUAUUGUGGGAAGUGUUGAGAAAGGGAGGGCAGAGCCUGAUUUUUGGCUUUGAUGAUAUUCUCACAUCCAUAUCUACUACCCAUGACAAUGACAGAAUGGGAGUUGCUCUGAUAUUUGUAGCUUUGAUGACCAGUUAGUUAAAUAUUUUAGUAGGUCGUGGUUUCAACUGAUCCUAGACUUGCAUUUCAUUUCUCCUGCUUGAACCAAAUAAGAUAUGCUUCUCUUCUCUUUGUAGACAGCCAUGGCUUUAGUGUUUUGUUUUCCUCAGCAAAUUUCUAGUGUUGUGUAAUCUAUGGGUAGACAAUAUUGCAAGCUUGGUUUUGUAUGGAGGAUUGGAGGUUUUCUUUUUUAAGAUUAAAUAUUUAUUAAAAAAUUGAAGAACUUUCCAGA